CACCUUAGAAAAAUAUUGAAAUAGAAGCGAUAUUUAUUAUCCAGGGACUAGUUAAUUAAGGACAUUAAACAUGUCUGAUGAAGAAGAUUUUGGUAUUGGUGCAGGAGGACCCAUGGUUGUAGAGGUUAAAGGUCGCUCAUCUAGUGCUACAAGGUCAUCUCCAAGACGACGUUCUCCAACUAAUUACGAUUCUGAUGAAUAUUCAGAGGAUGAUACAUGGUCUGCUGAGGAGGAUGUAUACACAGAUGAAGAGACAGUGCCCCAUACACAGAGAAGUCAGAGGAGGUCACAGCGUACCCCACGUAAAAAUGGACGCUCUAAAAUCGACAUGACACCUCCUGACAAAAAGUUAAAAAUAGCAGAAAAGAAAGCUGUAAGGUUUACAGAAAGUGGAAAGGUUGAUAAAGUUAUCACUGAGCUAACAAAAUGUCUGGCUUUGAACCGGAUCCUGUAUGGAGCCGGGCAUUGGAAACUGGCUCGUAGUCAUGCCAACCUUGCUGAAGCCUAUCUGGAUCUUAAAGCAUAUGCAGUACAAGCUGAAUAUCACACAGAGAAUGCUAAGUCCAUCAUGUUAAACUCCGUAACAAGCUACACGACUGACCAGGAAAAAGCCGAUAUUUACGACGUACUUUUCAAGAUUUACUACAUCCAAGGCCGAGCUUUGGCCACACUGAAAAAAUACAACGAAGCUGAUCAGAUGUUGGCUAAAACGGAGAAAGUGAUUGGUGAGCUUAACAAGCUCUCCUGUGUGGAUGAUAAUCAGCUUGAUGAUUACGAAAUCAAGCUUUCACAAGCUACAGCAAGAUUAUACUGGAAACAGAAGAAGUAUGCUGUGGCGACAUCACAGUACGAUAAACUGCUGAAACUAAUGGAGGAUCGAUACGGCGAGGAUUCAGUGCACCUCAUCCCAGUCUAUCAGGAAUGUGGGAAAUUGGAGCAGAGUAAAGGCCGAUAUUCCAACCAUGAAAGAGCUAUAGAUAUGUUUCUCCAGGCCCACUCUAUUGCUGGUUCCCACUAUAAAGAUGGACAUUCUCAGUUAAUAGAGACCUCCCUGGCUUUGGCUCAGGCUUACAGCAGCACAGGAGAUGAGGAUGGGGAAGCUGCAGCUGAGAAGUAUUUAAAUGAGUGUCUGGCAACUUGCCAAACCAUUCAUGGUCCUCAUCAUAAACAGACCCUGACUGUGCAAGACGAGUUAGCAAGACUCUACAUCAGGACUGACAGAAAUGCUGAAGCCUUGAGUCUUCUAUCGUCCAGUGUGAAGGAUAAAUGUGAUGUUUUUGGAGACUACUCAGAGAAUGUAUCAGAUACAUAUAAAAUGAUGGCCUCCAUAUAUCUAGCUCAGGGAAACAUACAAAAGGCACUGAAAACAUAUAAAAAGUGUCAUGAUAUAGAAUGUCUUGUGUUGGGCAAGGGCCACAAAAAGUCCAAAGAUACAGAAAGAACUAUUGAUAUAUUAAUGGCAACUCCAGGAAUUUCCAACAACUUUGUGCUAAGCAAAGGGGAUGAAUUGAAAAAGAGACCUAAAUUUAAUGCAAUAGUAAAAGGCAGCAAAAACGUUGGAGGUUUCAAAACAUCAUUUGACUGAAAGAUUUUUAUAUAGUGACAAUUAAACAUGUAGAAUUGAAAUUGACGCCAUUAAUUUAGCUCAAAAUGCAUAGAAGAGGGAUUUCACAUUUAGAAGGAAGUCCACAGAUUUGACCAUUUUCGUGGACAGAAUUUGUUUAAAAAAAAAAAACUUGAAUAUUUGAUAAAUCAAUUCUUGGUUUUUUCAAAAUUGGAAUGCACUAGGAUAUCCAGCAGAUUGGAAAAUGUUUGCAAAAAACAUGAACAUGAAAAUCUUUUGAGCUCCUUCUGUUAUAAUUUUAGGAUUUCACUUCAUACACAUAAUUAUUAGAUAUUCUCGAGAAACCUAAUUUCUUCCUAUUUUAAUAAGGGUUUAUAGGUCAAAGAAGUAUUUUUAUGAUAAUUUUAAGAAUUUUGAUUUUAUAUACAAUAAUGUGUACUCAU